CGAAGUCUCCUCGGCCGCGCUCAGCGCGCAGUUUUUAAAUGCGGGUGGUCUUCGGGGAAGAGUAACGUGUUCCCCCGACCCAGAGCGCUUCAGGGCCUCAGCGGCGAGGGGGUCUGGGGUGCGCCCGCAGGGAUCGGGCGGCGCUGCGGGCAGCCGAUGCGGGAUAGGCGGGCCCAGCUAGGGCUUGGGCGUCGGUCGCCGGUGGGGCCCGGAGCCGGGCGCGGAGCCCCUGACAGGACAGACUCCCAGCGGCAGCAGAAUGAGUGCAGAGGCAAGUGCCCGGCCUCUGCGAGUGGGCUCCCGUGUGGAGGUGAUUGGAAAAGGCCACCGUGGCACUGUGGCCUAUGUUGGGGCCACCCUCUUUGCCACUGGCAAAUGGGUAGGCGUGAUUCUGGAUGAAGCAAAGGGCAAGAAUGAUGGAACCGUCCAAGGCAGGAAAUAUUUUACUUGCGAUGAAGGGCAUGGCAUCUUUGUUCGCCAGUCCCAGAUCCAGGUAUUUGAAGAUGGAGCAGAUACUACUUCCCCAGAGACACCUGAUUCUUCUGCCUCCAAGGUCCUCAGAAGAGAGGGAACUGAUUCAAAUGCAAAGACCAGCAAACUGCCCACCCGCCCAGCCAGUACUGGUGUGGCUGGGGCCAGUAGCUCCCUGGGCCCCUCUGGCUCAGCAUCAGCAGGUGAGCUGAGCAGCAGUGAGCCCAGCACUCCAGCUCAGACUCCUCUGGCAGCACCCAUCAUUCCCACGCCAGCCCUCACCUCUCCUGGAGCAGCUCCCCCACUUCCUUCCCCCUCUAAGGAGGAGGAGGGGCUGAGGGCCCAGGUGCGGGACCUGGAGGAGAAACUGGAGACCCUGCGACUGAAACGUGCAGAAGACAAGGCAAAGCUAAAAGAGCUGGAAAAACACAAGAUCCAGCUGGAGCAGGUGCAGGAAUGGAAAAGCAAAAUGCAAGAGCAGCAGGCAGACCUGCAGCGGCGCCUCAAGGAGGCGCGCAAGGAAGCCAAGGAGGCACUGGAGGCCAAGGAACGCUACAUGGAGGAGAUGGCUGACACUGCCGAUGCCAUUGAGAUGGCCACUCUGGACAAGGAGAUGGCUGAGGAGCGGGCUGAGUCCCUGCAGCAGGAGGUGGAGGCGCUGAAGGAGCGUGUGGACGAGCUCACCACUGACUUGGAGAUCCUCAAGGCUGAGAUUGAAGAGAAGGGCUCAGAUGGCGCUGCGUCCAGUUAUCAGCUCAAGCAGCUGGAGGAGCAGAACGCCCGCCUAAAGGAUGCCCUGGUGAGGAUGCGGGAUCUUUCGUCCUCAGAGAAGCAGGAGCAUGUGAAACUCCAGAAGCUCAUGGAAAAGAAGAACCAAGAGCUGGAAGUUGUGAGGCAACAGCGGGAGCGUCUGCAGGAGGAGCUGAGCCAGGCAGAGAGCACCAUUGAUGAGCUCAAGGAGCAGGUGGAUGCUGCUCUGGGUGCUGAGGAGAUGGUAGAGAUGCUGACAGACCGCAACCUGAAUCUGGAAGAGAAAGUGCGGGAAUUGAGAGAGACCGUGGGGGACUUGGAAGCGAUGAAUGAGAUGAAUGAUGAGCUGCAGGAGAAUGCACGGGAGACAGAACUGGAGCUGCGGGAGCAGCUGGAUAUGGCGGGUGCGCGGGUACGAGAAGCUCAGAAGCGGGUGGAGGCGGCCCAGGAGACGGUUGCGGACUAUCAGCAAACCAUCAAGAAGUAUCGCCAGCUGACCGCCCACCUGCAGGAUGUGAAUCGGGAACUAACAAACCAGCAGGAAGCAUCUGUGGAGAGGCAGCAGCAGCCCCCUCCGGAGACUUUUGACUUCAAAAUCAAGUUUGCUGAGACUAAGGCCCAUGCCAAGGCCAUUGAGAUGGAAUUGAGGCAGAUGGAGGUGGCGCAGGCCAACCGGCACAUGUCCCUGCUGACAGCCUUCAUGCCCGACAGCUUCCUUCGCCCAGGUGGGGACCACGACUGUGUCCUGGUGCUCCUGCUCAUGCCUCGUCUCAUUUGCAAGGCAGAGCUCAUCCGGAAGCAGGCCCAGGAGAAGUUUGAUCUAAGUGAGAACUGUUCAGAGCGGCCUGGACUUCGAGGAGCUGCAGGGGAGCAGCUCAGCUUUGCUGCCGGGCUGGUGUACUCACUGAGUUUGCUGCAGGCCACACUCCACCGUUAUGAGCAUGCCCUCUCUCAGUGCAGCGUGGAUGUGUAUAAGAAGGUGGGCAGCCUCUACCCAGAGAUGAGUGCCCAUGAGCGCUCCCUGGACUUCCUCAUUGAGCUGCUGCACAAGGAUCAGCUGGAUGAGACUGUCAAUGUAGAGCCUCUCACCAAGGCCAUCAAGUACUACCAGCAUCUGUAUAGCAUCCACCUCGCUGAACAACCUGAGGACAGUACCAUGCAGCUGGCUGACCACAUUAAGUUCACGCAGAGUGCCCUGGACUGCAUGAGUGUGGAGGUGGGACGGCUGCGGGCCUUCCUCCAGGGUGGGCAGGAGGCCUCAGAUAUUGCCCUCCUGCUCCGGGACCUGGAAACAUCGUGCAGUGAUAUCCGGCAGUUCUGCAAAAAGAUCCGAAGGCGAAUGCCAGGGACGGACGCUCCUGGGAUCCCAGCUGCACUGGCCUUUGGAGCACAGGUGUCCGACACACUCCUCGACUGCAGGAAACACUUGACGUGGGUGGUGGCUGUGCUGCAAGAGGUGGCAGCUGCUGCUGCCCAGCUCAUUGCCCCGCUGGCUGAAAAUGAGGGACUGCCUGUGGCUGCCCUGGAGGAGCUGGCUUUCAAAGCAAGCGAGCAGGUAGGCUGGGGUGGCUGGGCAGAAGGCGGUGCUGGGGGAGUCAGGUGGCCAGUGUGGGAUUUUCACCACUGCCCUUGGCUCCUCCAGAUUUACGGGACCCCCUCCAGCAGCCCCUAUGAGUGUCUGCGCCAGUCAUGCAACAUCCUCAUCAGUACUAUGAACAAGCUGGCCACGGCCAUGCAGGAGGGAGAGUAUGAUGCAGAGCGGCCCCCUAGCAAGCCGCCCCCAGUUGAGCUGCGGGCUGCAGCCCUUCGUGCAGAGAUCACGGAUGCCGAAGGCCUGGGUUUGAAGCUUGAAGAUCGAGAAACAGUUAUUAAGGAGUUGAAGAAGUCACUCAAGAUCAAGGGGGAGGAGCUCAGUGAGGCCAAUGUGCGGCUGAGCCUCCUGGAGAAGAAGCUGGACAGUGCUGCCAAGGAUGCAGAUGAGCGCAUCGAGAAAGUCCAGACUCGGCUGGAGGAGACCCAGGCGCUGCUGCGGAAGAAGGAGAAAGAGUUUGAGGAGACGAUGGAUGCACUUCAGGCUGACAUUGACCAGCUGGAGGCAGAGAAGGCAGAGUUAAAGCAACGGCUGAACAGCCAGUCCAAGCGCACAAUCGAGGGGAUCCGGGGGCCCCCUCCCUCGGGUAUUGCUACCCUGGUCUCUGGCAUCGCUGGUGGAGGUGCCCCUGGGCAGGCUCCAGGGAUUGUGCCAGGCCCAGGGCUGGUGAAGGACUCACCACUGCUGCUUCAGCAGAUCUCUGCCAUGAGGCUGCACAUCUCCCAGCUCCAGCAUGAGAACAGCGUCCUCAAGGGAGCCCAGAUGAAAGCAUCCUUGGCAGCCCUGCCCCCUCUGCACGUGGCAAAGCUCUCCCUCCCACCCCAUGAGGGCCCUGGCAGUGAGCUAGCUGCUGGAGCGCUGUAUCGUAAGACCAACCAGCUGCUGGAGACGUUGAAUCAGCUGAGCACGCACACCCAUGUAGUGGACAUCACCCGCUCCAGCCCUGCUGCCAAGAGCCCAUCGGCCCAGCUCCUGGAGCAAGUGACUCAACUCAAGUCCCUAAGCGACACCAUUGAGAAGCUCAAGGACGAAGUCCUUAAGGAGACCGUAUCUCAGCGCCCUGGAGCCACGGUCCCCACCGACUUUGCCACCUUCCCUUCAUCAGCCUUCCUCAGGGCCAAGGAAGAGCAGCAGGACGACACUGUAUACAUGGGCAAAGUGACCUUCUCGUGUGCAGCUGGCCUUGGACAGCGACACCGGCUGGUACUCACCCAGGAGCAGCUGCACCAACUUCAUGGUCGCCUCAUCUCCUAAGUGCUCCUUGCCCCCGAGGUCCCCUUCCACCCUCAGCCCUCCUGAUGCCACUCUGCCUGAUGCGUAGCCACCUCAGCCAGCCCCUAGGUAGACCCGUGUGUGUAAAGCUGUUCCUGCCCCAUUCAGCUUCACUCCCACCUGUCAGUGCCCUGCCCUUCGACUUGGGCUCCCCAAUUUCUGUCCCCUGGCCCCUGCCAGAAUUCGCUGUGCAGCUGCUCCCUCCUUCCUGAGGAGCCUUAUGGGCUGUGCUGGGGUAGGUAGGCUGAGACCCCACCACUACAGGUUGAGUGAGGUCCCCCUGAUUGAGGACUUCAUCCCUUGAUUAAAGCCACUUCUGCUUCA